UCGUGCGCGUCAAACCCGUGCGAGGAAGCCGAGCGCGCGCUUCCACUCUCCGAGCAGACGCGAGUCGUAUGUGAGGUGUUGCGGAAAGAAACUUGUGUGUACCUGUUGGUGAUGCGAAUAUUCUUCGCAACUUGAAUUUCCUCUCGAUAAGUGACACACUCGGACGUGCCUCUCGACAUCCGUUUGCAAUCAGCAGCAAGAGAUAUUUAUAAAAAGACCUAGCUCGUGUGGCGCCGACGCCCAACCCAGCGCAAUGUCUCCCAUAGAGCAAGAGAAGGACGGCGCCCACGUCGCCUUCCAACUGAAGGAGAUGCCCGAGGGCGCAGCCGAGGAUGGCAUCGCCUCCUGCCCUUCCGGAGACCCGGCGGAAACCGAGGACGACGAGGAGAGGGACAAGCUGCCCUUCCUUAACCACACCAGGUACUCCACCGUCUCCGCCCCGGGCCUGACGACGAUCACCUCCAAGUCCUCCUUCGCGGGCCUCGUGUCCAAAGCCUCCUUCAGCGGGCUCAGUUCCAGGCCCUCGAUGGUGUCCCUCCGCUCCACCAUCUCGAGGGUCAACAGCGAGCUGUACCCCGAGAGGGACUCCAUCGUGGCCCAGAGCAUUGGCCAUUCCCUGGCCGAGCUGCCCAACCUGGCCCGGAAGAUGUACAUCAUUACACAGGUGCUGGCAGCUGUUUCGGUGUCCAUAGGCUCCAUGGCCGUGGGGUUCAGUGCGGCCUACACUUCACCUGCCCUCGCCUCCCUCGAUGCCCCGAACUCUACCCUGACUGUCAACGAGGACCAGAAGUCGUGGAUCGGGUCACUGAUGCCCCUCAGCGCCCUCACGGGUAGUUUUAUCGGGGGCUACCUCAUCGACGCCAUCGGGAGGAAGAUGGUCAUCCUCUUGUGCGGUCCGCCGUUUAUUUUGGCCUGGAUUCUGAUCGGGUCCGCCAUGAACAUCUGGAUGAUCUACGUCGGUCGGGCCAUCGGCGGUCUCUGCGUCGGUCUGCUCACCCUCACGCUGCCUGUCUACCUCAGCGAGACCAUUCAGCCUGAAAUUCGCGGCGUGCUGGGUCUCCUGCCGACCACCAUCGGGAAUUUGGGUAUCCUCGUCUGUUUCCUGGUCGGGUCGUACGUCAACUGGUGGUGGCUGGCUCUCGUGGGGGCUAUUAUUCCCCUGGUCUUCACUACCCUGAUGUGCUUCGUACCCGAGACCCCGAGGUGGUACAUCUCUCGAGAUCGCGUUGAGGACGCCCAAGCCUCACUCGAGUGGCUCCGAGGAUCAGCCGCCGACGUGGACUUCGAACUCGACGCCAUCCAGAGGAACUUCGAGAUCGCCAAGCAAGAAUCCUCCUCCUUGAAGGACCUGUUCAGACGCCAGUAUGCCAAACCCUUCCUGCUCGCCAUGGGCCUCAUGCUCUUCCAGCAGCUGUCUGGCAUCAACGCCGUCAUCUUCUACACCGUGUCGAUCUUCAAGAUGUCGGGUUCCACCAUCAACAACUACCUGUCGACCAUCAUCGUGGGCGUCGUGAACCUGCUCUCCACCUUCCUCGCCAACGUGCUCAUCGACCGACUAGGAAGAAAGAUCCUCCUUUACGUGUCCAGUGUCUUGAUCGUGUUGUCACUCGUGGCUCUGGGAACGUUCUUUUACAUCAAGGAAACGGCGGAAAACGCGAUGUCCGUCGCCGGGACCAUGAACCUGACGGCAGGCGCGGGGAACAGCACGGAUGACGUCACGGGCUGGAAGGAGACCGUCGACAGCCUCUCCUGGCUGCCCCUCGUCAGCUUCAUGGUCUACGUGGUCGCCUUCUCCCUCGGCUGGGGCCCCAUCCCCUGGCUCUUCAUGGGGGAGGCCCUGCCCGUCAAGAUCAGGGGCCCCGCCGCGUCCAUCGUCACGGCCCUGAACUGGUCCUGCACCUUCGUCAUCACCAAGACCUUCCCCGGGAUGGUGGAGCUGAUCGGGCCGUCCUACGUGUUCUACAUAUUCACGGGCAUCAUGACCCUAGCGACCUUGUUCGCCUUCUUCCUCGUGCCCGAGACUCGAGGGAAGACGCUGGAGGAGAUCGAGGAGGAGCUGUCGGGGAGGAGCAGCCUGCGGAACCGCAAGAUCAGCACCGUGUCCGGCCUGCACAUGUAGGGCUCUGGCUGUGAACGUUAGGAAGGACACAAGCAUGCAGGUCGUCUGGCCUGUCCGCGUGCGAGGCGCUUGGUUCCCACGAGUGAGAGAGCGAACGAGGCGACGCUGCGCACUGGCGAAUCCAAACGUUUCUCUCUUCGUUUUUCAUCCCGAUGUGGCUAGUCAAGGGAAAGGGAUACAGCCCUUUGAAGGAAUUGUCAACCACUUGUUUGGCAAUGGAAAUGACAUGAGUUUGGCUGCGACGCCGUUUGUUCAGUGUGAUUAUUUUUUUGCACUUUGUCAGGGAAUCUAGACUCAGCGAAGUUUAGAUAUAAAACAUUUUUGUUGUCAGAACUAGUAGGGUGAAACGGCAUUCUUCUGCGGAAUCUUUAUAAAGUACUUUUUUGUAUUUUAACAAAAAAAAAAAAAAAAAAAAAAAAGAUUUCGUGUCAAUGAAACGUAAAAACUUUUGCUCUCUUACUAUUUACAUCACGGAAAUUUGUGAUAGUUUCUGCUGGUGCUAUCUAAUUCGUGUCGAACACUUUUUCACAUAUUUAGUUGUCGUUUAUAUUCUUAUGACCCUAAGGAAAUGGAACUCGGCAUCAUACACGCAAGAAAUGGAUUUCAAACAAAUUGCUGAACUUCAUGUUUCGGUUUUAUUUAUACAUUCCUUAGAAACGAACUUGUGUAAAAUAAAUUCUGCCUUAGUGCCUUAUUCGGGGCAGUCAUCAUAGGUCUUCCAUUAGAGACAUUUCAAAAGAUAUCAGAAUCAUUAUGGUGUUUGUGAUUGAUAUAUUUCAUGUAUAUGCUUGUAUACAAUAGCACAUGCGUGUGUACAUAUUUACAAACAGUAUAAAACACACUUGUUAUACCUAAUAGUUUAGAAAUAUUCUUUAUGGACACAGUAAUAUAUGAUGUUCAUAUGUGGGUUUAGUAUAGUAUUUGCACCACUGACCGUGUUAGUUAUUUACAACAUAUAUAGCCAUCUAAGUUUUGUACUUGUGUAAGUUAAACAAUAUUGGUACUUUAUGAUACUGACAUAUAUAAAUGUGAUUAGUAUGUUUGUAAGUUGGAGUGUCAUGUAAAUGAUAUUUAUCUGCAUAUAAAGAGUAAGUUUGUGUGUGCGUUCAGUAGUGAAUGACAGGCAGGUCUCAUGCACUGGGAUAUUUGCCUAAAGUGAGGUACCAAACACGGUGAGUAAGUGAGUGUACAGUACAUUAGUGGGUAGCCAUUUCUGUUCGAUCAACAGGAGACUCUCAAAUCCAUUAAUCAUAUAUUCUCUCGAUAACCUAUAAGUUUGUUAUAUGAAUCCGUGUAAUAUACAUGUAUGUAAGCUUUAUAUGUAUACGUGCACACUUGUAUGCAGUUUUUUUUUUAAAGCUCUUUAAUAAUAAUAUUGCCUAAUAGAUUGUUGUAGUAUUAUAGGUUUCUUAAUAAAACUUGACACAGAA